AUGAAGAAGACCUUGAACGGCGAGGUGUGGACAACCACGGCCACGCCGUUGUCGUCGUCGCCGCCGGGGACGGUGAAGAUGGCGGCGAACGCCACGGUGGCGAAGAGGACGGCCACGACCGUGACGGAGUUGGUGGCGUUGUUGAUGCCCUCGCGGUGGAGCUUGCGGAGCUCCUUGGCGAUGCCGUUCACGUUGCGGUUCGUCUUGCGGGCUUGCUCGAGCUGGGUGUGGACGUCUUUCUUGAUCUCGGAGACGGUCUUGCGGAGCUCGUCGCGCGAUAAGGGGAGGGACUCGGCGAUGUCGAGGGCGGUUUUGUGGUCGCGGUUCAGGGCGUUCACAGUUUACUUUUAUUUGAAACUCGAGUUGAGUUCAUUAAUAUGCUGGUGCCUAGAACACAAUCAGAUUUCUCAUAAAUGGGAGCAUAAUAAUAACAUAACAUACCUCAAAACGCUUUUUCCUUGUAGCUAUGUGCAAAGCGGUGUUGCCGAAUUUGUCUGGGAGCAUCACAAUGGCGGCAUCUGCCUGCAGAAGCAACUUCACCACCGCACAAUUAACACCCUUGACAGCCAUGUGGAGAGCCGUUUGGCCUUUCUUGUCCAUUCUUCUGGCCAGCUGAGGAUCCUUCUCCAGCAAUGUUCUUACGACGUCAGCGUGGCCCUGCCGGGCAGAUAA